UGAGUGACACGGGGCUCUGAGAACCUCUGCCGGUUUUUCUGCCGUUCUGGAGGGCGGUGGGAAGGGAGCGGGGAAGCGAGGAGGGAGGGGGAGGAGCGGAUGGUUUAUUCCGCCGGUUUCCCUGGCACCUGCCCCGCCCCGCCCCUCCGCUCCAAGCUCCGCCCACUGCGCUCUUUUUACCUCGCUCUGGAAUUAGUAGAGAUCAGGAUUAGUUCCAGUCAAUUAUUUAUUUUGGUUUUGUUAAGGCUUUUAUGGUUUUGGUUUGCAUAUAUAUAUAGUCUCUCUACAUAGCUAUGGUUGUCCUGGAAUUCACUAUGUCGAUCAGGCUGGCCUCGAACUUACAAAUAGAUCCUCCUUCCUAUGCUGGCAUUAAAGGCGUGGGCUACCAGGGGUCUAUUAUAAUUUUAAACAGCAGUAUUAGUAACUUGAUGUUUCCAUAAAAAUCAAAAGUGUAAACUACAGUCUGUUUUGUACGUUAGCCUAAUUGUGCACUUGUGAUAACCCUGGACUGUUCUCAUCACGCCAAGGAAAACUAUUUAUUGAGGAACACAGUCCAGAACCAGAGAGCUUCGCUCCGCCCACCACUUGCCCCUACCCCAGUCCUGGGCUAUGACCAGAGUGCUGUCUGUCUCUAGGGUUGUUUAAUUUGCAUUGUAUAUAAACGGAAUCAAAAAAGUAUGUGGCUAGAUUCUUGGGGCAGGGAUUUGCAAAGCUUGUUUUGGGGACUUGAGAGAAUUGCAUUCCAUGGAUGACUUAACAAUGCCUAUCUUUAUGGAAUCGUAUUGCAUAUUCUUAUUUUUAUGUUGAAAAGGACCUUCCUGUCUGUUUUCUGAAUUUCUCCAUCAAUUGCCCAUCAGUGUGAUUCUACUUUGGGACUUACCUUUCUCUUUCACUUCUAUGUCUUUGUGUCAAUAUUCUUGUCUUCAUUCCAGGAUCUCCAUCACAUCUGACUUGCACUAUUUGUUUUGUUUUGUAGGGAUAGUUUGGGCAUUAGUAACAUCAUAUUUUAUUUUUUAUUUUGUUAUGUUUUAUUUUAGUUUAUUUUUAGGACAGGGUCUCACUAUGUAGCUCUGGCUGGCCAGGAACUCACUAUGUAGUUCAGUGGGCUCUAAACAUACAGAGCUGGGCUUAUGUCUGCUAGAACUAAAGGCAUGGGCCACCACCCCUGCGAAUAGCACCAUCUUAAGAUACUGGCUUCUGGUGCACGAACAAGGAAGGUCUUCCAUUUCUUUAGUGCAUAUUUAACAUCUUGUGCAUAUUUAAUACAGCCGUGUUUCAUUUCUGUGCCCUUACAAAUGGAAAAGGUUCUUAAUUUUUCUUUUGAGGUUGUAUCACUUGUCUAAAAAUACAAGUGAUUUGUGUAUGUGUUUGGUCUUGUAUCUUGCAAACUUGUGUAAGUUGUUUAUUUAAAAAUUUUUUUUUGUGGCUUCCUUGAGGUUUUCUAUACAAGAUCAUAUCUGAUUUUUGUUUGAUUUUUGCCCUGGGGAUUGAACCCAGAGUCUGGUACAUGUUAGGCAAGUACUUUACCACCAAGCUGCAUCCCCUGCCCCUGUGUCCUGCAAAGGGGGAUAAUUUUAUAGCUCUCUUUCCAACCUUUCACUGCCUUUUCUUGUCUAACUGUGCUGUCUAAAACUUCCAACACAACACUGACUGGCCAUAGCAAGUGGAGACGUUCUCAUUUUGCUUCUGAUUGCAAGAUGAAAGCAUUUCGCUGGCCUCAUUGAGCGUUCUUACUGUGGGUUUUCGAAACCACUCUUUUUGAGGUUGCAGAAGACUAUUUCUAGCUUGUUGAGUGAGUAAUCGAGAAACUAUAUUUGUCAAAAGUCUGCUUGAGUCUGUGGUACUCAUCAGUAAUGUGCUGGGACACGCAGAGGGCUUGGCAGGGGCUGAGGGCUGAGGCUGUCACUCAGUAGAAUUAGUAGAGUGCUCGCCUCUCAUCAACAAGGCCCUGGAUUUGCUCCCCAGUCCUACAUAAACCAGGCACACCUUUAAGCUCAACUCAGUGGGAGGGGAAAAUAGGAGAGUCAGGAGUUCAGUGCCUCCCCCAUACACAGCAAGUUCAGUGUCAGCCUGAGCUACAUGAAACUCUAAAACAAAACAAACCAACAAGAAUGAAUAACAUGAUUUUAAAAUAAAACAGAUUUGAAUUUGGUGGGGGGGGGGUGGAGGUUAGUUCCAUCUAGUCCUGACAUACAGUCAUUUCCUUCUUUUUUUGGUGUGUUUGGGGAGGGAGGGUGGCUGUGGGAAGGUGCACAGGUUUGCUGAGUCUAACCGAGCCAUACCUCCAGUCUCUGGAGCCAUCUCCUGUGUGUGCACUGCUAGAUGCUCUGUAUGUGUGUCUGUGGUACAGGACUGUGUACUUCCUGUGAUGGGACUGUGGAUAUUGAUGGGCUGCCCUUUCCCUUUGUCUUUCUUCCUUUUUCUUUCAAAAGAGGAACUAUGUGAGUUCGUUUUACAGGCCUAGCAGUGUAGUUUAGUGGUAAGGAAGGCCCUUGGCUGGUGUGCCUGAGGACCUGGGUUCAAUCCCCCAGUUCCCUCUGUCUCAUCGUUUUCUCCUGUGCACAUUCGCUGAGUCUCAGACAGUAUGUUUAGGAGAACACGUGCAGCUGCUUAUUUUAUGGUGCAAAGGAUUCAGCUUUGCAGCACGAUUUUUUGUUUCCCUUUGGCACAGUGCCCAGCAUGGAAUUUUGGGCAUUUAAGUGAUUCAAAAUGCAAACCAAGACUAUCACAUCAGGUAUUCUUUUCGUUGAUGACACUCAGUUUGAUGUUCUAACAAGGCUCCUUUGAAGGCAAGCAGAGUAUGCUGGCUCAUCUAUGACCUCUACACUCCCUUCCACAGGCCUCCUGCGCAGGGUUACGUAACGGAAGCAGAAGCCAGAGGUGCCAUGCAGAGGUCCCUGCUGAAGCUCCAAGCUCACUGAGCUGUUAGAGCGCCUGCAGAGAGACGGGAUGUUCUGGGUUUUUUUGGAAACCUUAUCUUUCCACUCCUUUUAGCAGUGAUCAGCUGAUACCUUGGCAGAUCUUCUGCCUGCGCAAGUGUCUGCAGCGUGUGACUGGGUGUCCUCAAACUAGGACCUGGCCAGACGUCAGUGUUGAUUUGUUUUCUGUACUUGCUGCCUUUGCCUGAUCAAGGCUAUCACACUGAGGCUGCUCACUCUGAAGGCCUUCAAGCUGAGCGCAUUCACUGGGAGCAGCUUCUACGGUGUAAUGAUAGGAUUAUCUGCUCCACGCACGGGGUCAUUGCAGGUGAAGCACUUGGUGCAGGGGGCGAAUCCACUAUACUGUUGACAAAUGUGAUCUAGCCUCAUUACACUGCUCAUCUUAUUCUGAAAUUGCCUCGUUCAUUAAACAUAUGUCUUUGAGAUUUUUCAAGUUCUUUUAUUCUUUUUUGUGUGUUCUGUCAUUUCAACAACUGUAUAGUAUUCCUGCCUUUAAAUAAUGCUUUCUUCCAAACCCAUUCCUCAUCUUCUUUAAGUCCAUUGAUGACACAGCCAGCCGUGGCAUCCAAGCGAUCUCUUCUAGCUGCUUCCUCCUUAACUCCUUUCUCUAUGCAUUCACUUGUUAAGUUCUGAUCUCCUUUUGUUCUUAAUCUCCCCCCUUAUUCUUGAUUCGUAGAGUCAUUCUCCGUUACCUAGACUACUGCAGGAACGAGUGUCUGUUGCUCCUGGGAUUGCCUGUAGAAUCCAGUACCCCACAGAUUCAAGACCCAGGAAGGGAAACACUAGUGUUUUCUUGUUUGUUGGCUUAUGGAAUCCCAGGCAGCCACACCCAGCAGCCUGUCAGGAGAGAGCUGUACCUUGGAUCUACCCGCGGUGUGUGACACCAGCAGUUAUGAAGCAUCCCAGAGAGUCAGCCAGGGAAGCAGCAACUCUCUGAGUUCUCUGGAAUCCCAUCCUUUCCUUUCUUCUUCGACUACUGAUCCAGAUAGCAAUUCUCUAAAUACUGAGCAAAAAGGCUCCUGGGACUCUGAGAACUUCUGGCUUGAUCCUUCUUCGAAAGGCCAGUUGGAGACCAAUGAAGAAGAGGAUGGACUUCGGAAAUCCCUGGAUAGAUUCUAUGAAGCAUUUGCCCAUCCACUGCCAGGCUCUGGGGAUCCGCUCUCUGCAUCUGUGUGUCAGUGCUUGUCUCAGACAAUCUCUGAGCUCGAGGGCCAGGAGAGCCAAAGGUAUGCUCUCCGCAGUUUCCAAAUGGCCCAGGUCAUCUUCAGCCGGGAUGGCUGCUCUAUCUUACAGCGACAUUCCAGGGACACACGCUUUUACCCACUAGAGCAAGAAGGCAGCUCUGUAGAUGAUGAAGAGCCCACCCCAGGACUGUCAAGAGAGGUCAUUCGUUUCCUCUUGGAGCAGACUGUAAUGAAAGACUCGUAGCUGCUGCUGAUGUGAAUGUGGGCAGUGCUAGAGAGGAAGUGCUGUUGCCUGGUCCCCAGAGUCCAUGGGUACAUGUGGGCUUCUCUGGCAUCUUUCUAUUUCCAGCUGUUAGCCAUAAGCUUUGCAGUUAGAGGCUAGCUUCAGCAACCUGGUGAUGGAGUCAGUAAGCAUCUUGGUGUGCUACCUCUUGCUUACCUUGGCCAAGGCUGCUACUGACUCAAUUAGGGUUGAGUCCUAGCCCAGCUUCUUGCCUUAGUCUGUGCUCCUGAGUGCUGUCCUGGGGACCUGGCCAGAGCUGGGACUUUGGCAGGAAAUCACUUCCCUGCUUGGCUUCAUCCCUUCCCCCACUCACCUACUGGUGUCUCUAGGGCCUUUUCUUAAUAAACUUCUUAUAUCUGCA